AUGGCUUCUAGCACCGCCGCAGAAGAUGCACCAAGUCCAUCAACUUCGGUUUCAUCAAAAAGCAUCAGAAGGUCACAUAACAAGGCCAAGCCGAUUGCCUGUAACCGAUGCCAUGCUCGAAAGGUGAAAUGCAGCGGCGGCCAGCCCUGUCAAAACUGCCAACAGGGAGGCAAGGCCAACGAGUGUUCCUAUCCACGUCGUAACAGAAUGGUCAAAGUAAGCCAAAGAUACUUGGACGAUCUUGUCGCGGAAAACAAAAGCCUUCGCAGUCAAGCUACGGCCACAAAGAACGACAUCACUGCAACUCCCUCAAUAUGGCCGAACAGCGCCAGGAAAACUACCAGCUCGAGCACCAGCACCACGCAAGCACCCGCGGUCGAUGAACGACCUUGGUUCAUCGAACUCGGCCCGCAGAGCCCCAUAUUGGUCAACGAGGCAGCGGAUGCCGUCUUCGCUACGCGCUUCCGCCAGGCUCUCCUCGGCGGCAAGCAUCAUGGUCACAUCCCCCGCAUCAGCUUCGCCACCGACGAAAGCCUCUUGGCCUUGUCGGAUGCAGACUGCCCGUGGCCGACUCCCGCCCGCGCCAGGUUCCUCGUCGACGUCGCAUUGAGCCACGUUAGCAGGUACUACCACAUCGUUCGCCGGAGCGCCAUCGUUGAGAUUCUUCAGAAUGGCAUCCCUGGCAGCGGCGACUCUAUCACCAGGAGCAAGCUCUGGGUGCUCUUCGCCAUUGGAGAAAUGUACAGCUGCCGUGCGUCGAGGACCUUUCCCGGCAUCAAGUACUUUGCCCGGGCGACGAGGGUGCUUCGUAUCGUCAGCGAGCGGCCCAGCAUAUCUGAGGUAGAGCUCAGGCUGCUGCUGGUGUACUUUUCCCUGGCCCUUAACCGCAGGCACGCCGCCUAUACCUUGGCCGGGUCGGCAGUGCGCCUGGCCGUCGUCAUGGGUCUGCAUCUCAAUGUUCCACCGAGUCAGCUCGAGGACCCCGCGACCCGAGAACACCGAGUCCGUGUUUGGUGGACAGCAUACCACUUCGACAGGCUGUGUGCCUCCAACCUUGGCAACCCAUACGCGAUCGACACCGAAGAGGUACAAGUCGACUUGCCUGCCGAUCGUCCAGAACUCGAAGGUACGGCCGCGGCUGGAGACUUUGCAGACGCGGCAUACAUCACGGCCCGCGUCAAGUUGACACGCGUGCUGGGCCGAAUCGUGCUGUCCAUCUACGGCAGGAGAAUUCACCGCGAGUCGCUGUCGCACAGGGUGCAACAGGCCCUGAAGGACCUGAGUGCCUGGGUAGAAGAACUGCCGGCUCAUCUGCACAUCGAUGCUAAAGGAUCAGGGACCUCGGAGCUGGUACCGAAGCCAAUCUCCCUUCGGCUUUCGCUCAAUCAGGUCAUCAUCAAUGCAACCCGUCCUAUUCUUCUACAUGUCCUCAGAACACAUGCCGCUUCGUGGGCGCCUGCCCGCCGACCUGAGUCUGAUCCCACGGGCACGAGAUCCCAUGAGCACAGCCAGCAGCAACCCCAAGAGGUACCGGAGCAGGCCGUCCUUCCGGUGCCCAACAUAGUUUCCAAGAUUGGAGAGACAUGCAUUCGGUGCGCAAGACACUCGGUGCGGCUACUGACCGAGGCCUGGGUUGAUGGCAGCUUCAAGACCUUCAACUUUCUCUAUAUCCAGAACUUGUUCUCAGCGGCCACCAUCCUUGCCAUCUCGAUGCUGCUGCCAGGCGAAGACGAAGAUGACGACGAGCAGUUUGAGACGGCCGCAAACAUUCUUACUCAGGUCCGAGACAGCGGCAGCUACUCGGGCGAUGAGUUUUGCCGGCACCUCGAGGCCAUGAGAGCUGCCAUGGAGGAAGGGAGGCGUCGAAGGAACCUGGCCGGUGAGGGCCCAGGAACUGGCUUACAGUCGACUCAUAGUGCUGCUGCUGCUGCUGCUACCGCCGCCGCUGCCAGUCUUUCUUCCAUGUCAAUCAUGCAACCUGGAGACCAACAGCAGCAGCCCCAACCGCCGGUUCAGAACGCUUGGCCCCACAUAUCCAACGAGACGCCCAUGCUACCGCUCCUGGAGUCGUCGCUGCAGGAUCUGCUGUCGCAGUCGACGCCGGAUUUGAACUUUAUCGACGCCUCCAACUAUGGAGAAAGCGGAUAUGCGCAGGGCAUGUACUGGCCCGAAUCGUGGGCUCCUGAUGGGUGGAGCGCUCAGCAAUAACACACUGUGGAUAACUGGGAUUUAUACCAGUUUAAUAUUAUAGAACGUUGUUUUGCAAAUUUAUAUACGCCAAAGACAGAGCUAGACUUGCAUGAAUUUUUAUCAGCC